UUAAUUUGGUGACAAAUUUGGAAUUUGUUAAAAUGACAAAAUGACAGCAAAACGUGAUAAGGAUUAUGCCAAGAAUAAGACAUCAACUGGCAUAAGAUUUCCUGCUGCCGCAUCAUCGCCAGACACGAAUAACGCAAAAUCCAUUAGUCUAGUCUCAUCAUCACAAAAUGCAAAUUCAACUCAGGAUAUAACAAAGCGUACAAACAAGCCACUCAUGGAGAAACGUAGACGUGCACGUAUCAACCGCAGUUUGGCCAUACUCAAGAAUUUGAUUAUGGAAUCAACCAAAAAUCAAAAUUCCAAGACAAACGAUGGUCAAACAAAGCAUACUAAACUCGAAAAGGCCGACAUACUUGAAUUGACUGUUCGCCACUUUCAAAGACAUCGAAAUAUCGAUGAUCCGACUGUUAAUAAAUAUCGUGCUGGGUAUACGGAUUGUGCUAGAGAAGUAGCUCGCUAUCUGGCGACACCGGAACCGCCCCCAAUCGCAAACAUGCCUGCUUUAUCAGACCCAGCAGCGCAAGCGCGCCUCUUACAACAUUUAGAUAAAUGUAUUGCUGAAAUCGAUACGGAAAUUUGCCCCAUUUCAGCUGGUACAUUUGUUAAUAGUCCCUCAAAUAGUUCAUUUGACAUGAAUGCAGCUCCUAAGAAAACUCAAUCUGAUGAAAACUCAUUGGAUUUCGGUAGUCAAGAUUCGAAUCCGUUAGACUUUAGUAAGGCAACAGCGCAUGUACCGCUAGCGAAAGCUGGCUUUGUAUGUCCGACUGAAGCUCAAGUAGUGCAUUCUACUAUAUCUCCUGUCUCGGAACAUAUGACCUCACAGGAUGAAAAUAACAAUCGUGGUCAGCAAGAAACUGUACUCAAUAACAGUAACAAUAAUAACGAGAAUAUGAGACAGUUGGUAGGUGGACUAGCUGGAAUGAUCAAUGUUAAUACAAUACAAAAUUUUGAGGAACGACAAAAAAUUUGCGCAAAUAUGUUGGAAGCAAAUAAGGAACUUAAAGUAAGUGAUACAAACGGUGGGAUAUUGGUAUUACCACCGCAUUAUGUACAACUGGCUGCUGCACUAGGUCUAAACGCACAAUCUAUUGUUGAUCCGAUUGCAACACGUACUGAUUUCGAACGUUUAAUCGAAAUAAAUCGCGUACAACCGCUUGCAGCGCAACUCGCAACAAAUAAGAUAAGCGCAUUUAAUGUGCCGGCAUUGGAAGCAGCACAUGUUGCUGCCACAGCCUAUGCAACGAUAGCUAAAGAAACUGGUGCGACCUUACAAAUUGAGCGUCCUGCCUCAGCAACAUCAGUUGGUGCAUCAACAUCGCUAAGUUCGUGCACAUCGGAAACGAAGACAGCAUUGCAAUCACCGGAAGGUACCAACAUAACCGAAUCUAUUGACAGUCCACAGAGUAUUGGCGUUGGUGUUAGCGUACAAAAUCCAAACAACCUCAAUCGUUUAUUACAAAUACAAAAACAAAUGGCGGUGACAAGUGAAGUUAUUGUACGACCACCACAUCCCGAACAACAAUUGCAGCAACAAUUGCAACAACAACAGCAAAUACAACAGCAGUUGCAACAAUAUUAUCCAAGUAAUUAA